ACUGACAAGCAGCUGUUCUUCAGUAUUGUGUUACGGAGCUCACGUGCGUGACUUUACUGUAUAAAACUACGUUUAAAGCUGAUUAUAUCUCUAUUCACAGCAUGGAGUCGGUCAUAAAAAUAAACCCAGGAGCGACGAAAUGGGACAUCCGUCAGAAAAUUUGGGACUACAUAGAAGAGAAGAACCUGGCCAACUUUCCCAGGCCUGUUCACAACAGAAUCCCCAAUUUCAAGGGAGCCUUUGGAGCUUGUGCCAAGCUGUCAGAGCUGCAGACGUUCACCCAGACAGCUGAGGUGAAGGUGGAUCCUGACAAACCUCUGGAAGGUGCCCGGCUGGCAGUGCUGCAGGCAAGGAAAACUCUGCUGGUCCCAACGCCUCGUCUUCGCUCCGGCCUUUUUAACAAGAUCACUCCUCCUCCGGGGGCCAACAAAGAGCAGCUCCGCGUGUGCGCUUCUGCUCAGGGCGUGAAAGACUUCAGUGUGCCAGUUGACCUUGAUUCGAAGGUGAAGGUGGACCUGGUGGUGGUUGGCUCCGUGGCAGUGUCGGAGAAAGGCCUUCGGAUUGGAAAGGGAGAGGGCUUUGCUGACAUGGAGUACGGCAUGAUGGCCUCGAUGGGGGCUGUGAAUGAGUCCACUGUGGUGGUCACUGUCGUCCACGACUGUCAGGUGGUGGACAUUUCCGAGGAUCUGAUGGGAAGUCAUGACCUGACGGUGGACUACAUCCUCACCCCGACCAGGGUCAUUAAGACCGACUGUCAGGUGCCUAAACCACAGGGAAUCAUUUGGAUUAAGCUGGACGCAGAGAAGCUAGAGAAGAUCCCCAUCCUGAAAAAGCUGCGAGCUCUGGAGGAGAAGGCUGGAAAGGACGUAACCCUGGGGGCAGCGCCUGCGGCGGCAGAGCCGGCCGUGCAGGCCAGCCAGCCAAAAAGACAAACCAGACGAAGGCCGAGGCAAAACGCCCAGCAGGACGCCGGCGGGGAAUCCAGACAGGAGCCCCAGCAGGAGAGGAGAGCGGAGACGGAGCAGAAAGCCAGACAGCGCCCGGCCCGGGAGAGGAAGGAAAGCAGGGGCGACGGCAAGGGAGCAAACGAAGGAGAAGGCAGAAAGACCGUUAGGGAUAAAAGUAAAGGGAACUCCAGGGAGCAGGCGCCACAAGAGGGCGGAGGUGAGGCCGCUUCGCAGCAGAAGCUCCCUGUGAGCGUCACCACCGUUUACCUGGGGGGGAUACCUGCCGGGCUGCGGGUCAGCGAGCUGAAAACGGCCCUCAGAGAACGGGAGGUGGUUCCACUGAGGCUGACCUGGCACGGCGCUCAGCGCAGAGCCUUCCUGGACUACAGCGACCCUCAGGGGGCCGACCAGGCCCUGGAGGCCCUGCAGGGUCUCUCUCUGAACGGCCAGAGUCUGCAGGCCGAGCUGGCCAAGAGCCAGCGGGGGGCCAGGAAGCCCGGACCGUCUCAUAAACGACCGAGACCUCCAACAGCGCCCAAGUCCAAAGACGCGCCGGCAGACAGUCAGAGUGACGCCGCCGAGAAGACUGAGGAGUAGCGGCAGAGUGCGCCGUGGAACAAGAGCCAUAAAGUAGUGUUGCUAGCACAACGCUCAGUACCUGCAGAUGAGUGAAGUGUGUGCAUUGAUAUAUACGCUUGAGUUUAUUAUGAAAGGUUUUCAGUUAAAUGAUCUUACAGAGGAAGUCCCCGAUUAUAGUUUCUGACAAUGUGAGAAAACCCUGACUUCAAACAUAUUUCCCCAAAAGUGUGGUUUUUUUUUUUUUUUUUUUUUUUUUUUUGACAGAAGUGCCUUGCUUUGCUUUGUUUUUUGCACAUACCUCUCGGUCUGUGUCCUGACGGCCUUGUCUUCCUUCAUGGUGCCUUUUUAGGAGCUUUUGAAGCACGUUAAAUAUUUACCUUUAACGUAUUGACUCAACAGACACAUACAUAUGUUUAUGUAGGAAUAUUUAGGAACUAUUUUAUUAGUUUUUCAUUAGCAAAUUUCAUGCGUUUACUUAUAUUUCUAGCGAGAAAAUACCGAGACUCUUGAGCCAAAGAUGUUCUGGUUGUGUUUCGGUGCAGAUGGCACCACCAUGUGGCCAGUUAGGUACUGAAAUCAUUACAAGCCUCAUGGAGUUUUUCUUUUUUUUUUGGGAGCAUGAAGUGUGAAUUUUGAACUGUCAGUAUAUAGGUUACAGACAUUUUGUACCAGUCAGUUCUUUUAAAAGAUAUUUUCUCACGCAUUAGUUGUAAUGCCGUUGCCAACAUGAGAAGCCGAUGUUUCUCAUGGGUCAAAAUUAUUUUGACCAACUGGCGCAAGUUCUCAUUUUACAUGAUUCUGGAUUUUGGAUAACAUGGUUUUCUGUUGGUGUGUUUUAUUAAAAGUCUGAACAUAGAUGCAGAUGACGACUAACCUUUUUUUUAUAUAUAUAUAUAUAUAUACACAGAGGAAUACAGUAUUAAUGCUUGCAGUUUUUUUUAAUAUACUGAUGUAGUUCCUUGGAUAGAGGUCACGUUCUGUUUUCCCAUUGCUUUCUGGGUAGUUAGUUCAAUGUGACUGUAUUGCAGAUAGCGGCAGUGUAGCAUGACGGUUGUGUCACAUUGUAGGUUCAGCUUCAUUGUUAAAGAUUUUGACUUUUUCGGUUCAGUUUAACUGCAAGACACUGUAUCACGUGUGAUUUUGAGCUCAAUAAAUUUUGAAGAACAA